ACAUCACGCACGUCACACACAUCACGGACGUCACCCGCAUCACAGACGUCACCCGCAUCACGGACGUCACCCGCAUCAUGGACGUCACCCGCAUCACAGACGUCACCUGCAUCACGGACGUCACCCGCAUCAUGGACGUCACCCGCAUCAUGGACGUCACCCGCAUCACCGACGUCACCCGCACCACGGACGUCACCCACAUCACCGACGUCACCCGCAGCGCGGACGUCACCCGCAUCACGGAUGUCACCCGCAUCACGGACGUCACCCGCAUCACGGACGUCACCCGCAUCACGGAAGUCAUCCGCAUCACGGACGUCACCCACAUCACUGACGUCACCCGCACCACGGACGUCACCCGCAUCACGGACGUCACCCGCACCACGGACGUCACCCGCAUCACGGACGUCACCCGCAUCACGGACGUCACCCGCACCA